AUGACUCCGCUUUCUCCCUCACCUGCCCCGUCCGCACUCUCCUCCGCCGCCAACUCUCAACAUUCGCAUGACCCUCGGGAUGGAGACCCUUCGGUAACACGCGCCCUCGCGGGCAUGAAUCUGUCCGCCCAUGCUCCCAACGGGGAUGUCCUCCCUCCCCCGGCCUCCCCGGCCCCGAAGCAGCGCCCCAACAUCACCUCCCGUUUGACCCGCAUGUUCAUCGGCAAUGGGAAACAGACCCCCACAAAAGAACAUGAGAUGCACCGCGAUCUGUCGGAUAGCAGCCUGGAUAGUGUCCAGGCCAACUCCACUACUUCUCAUGCCCACGCUCCUAACACUGGAGUGAACGGCAAAGACAAGCCGUCGUCCAAACCCUCAUCUCGAGCCAACUCCCGACCCCCCUCCCGCACUCCCUCCCGCCAGCCAUCCUUGAAGGGCGAGCCCAUCGAAAAAGAGAACAAGAAGAAGUCCGGCAACAAAGAACAGAGAGAUGGCAUCCCGCCUCACAAGCGCUUCGAAGUGAUCCCCGCCGAGGGUGAAAAGGGCGACGACCAGGUCGACGAGACUCAACUCUCGCUCAUGUCCACCUGGAUCGACCAGUUCAAGAACGAGCGCGAUAAGCUGGCCGCCGAUAAGAAGGGUGGUCCCAACGCCACCGCAUCACUGGUCGAUAAAUAUGGCAAAUGCCAGGAGAUCGUCGGCCGCGGUGCGUUUGGCAUUGUCCGCAUCUCUCACAAAGUCGACCCCCAAGAUUCCAGAAGCGAGCAGCUCUAUGCCGUCAAGGAAUUCCGCCGCCGACCCUCCGAGACUGCCAAAAAGUACCAGAAGCGGUUGACCUCGGAGUUUUGCAUUUCUUCAUCCCUCCGCCACCCGAACGUCAUCCACACCCUCGACCUCCUCCAAGAUGCCAAGGGCGAUUAUUGCGAAGUAAUGGAGUACUGUGCCGGAGGUGAUCUCUACACUCUGGUCUUGGCAGCCGGUAAACUCGAAGUCGCCGAAGCCGACUGCUUCUUCAAGCAGUUGAUGCGGGGCGUGGAAUACAUGCACGAAAUGGGCGUAGCCCACCGCGACCUGAAGCCCGAGAACUUGCUCCUCACUACGCACGGUGCCUUGAAAAUUACGGAUUUUGGCAAUGGCGAGUGUUUCCGCAUGGCUUGGGAAAAGGAAGCGCAUAUGACAGCAGGAUUGUGCGGCUCAGCGCCAUACAUCGCGCCAGAAGAGUACACGGAAAAAGAAUUCGACCCUCGCGCGGUAGAUCUGUGGGCUACCGGCGUGAUCUACAUGGCCAUGCGUACAGGCCGCCACCUCUGGCGCGUCGCGCGCAAGGACGAAGACGAGUUUUAUCAGCGGUAUCUCCAGGGCCGCAAGCAUGAGGAUGGAUAUGCGCCGAUCGAGACGCUGCAUCGGGCACGCUGCCGCAACGUGAUUUACUCCAUCCUGGACCCGAAUCCCUCCCGCCGUAUCAACGCCUCCCAGGUCUUGAAGUCUGAAUGGGUCCGACAGAUCAAGACUUGCAAGGCUGGCGAGGAGGGUUUUUAA